CCUCGCCUCUCCUCGGGGACAGCUUCCAGGUCAGGUGCGACCUCACCCUCGUCGAGGAGGUCGCCGCCGUCGCGGUCGCACCGCCGGACCUGCACCGGCACCUUGGCGGCCUCCUGGGGAGCCAGGUGGGUGGUGGACGUCACGUUCCACGUCGGCGGCGAGACGUUCACCGCGCACAGGUGCGUUCUCGCCGCCCGCUCCCCAGUCUUCAUGGCCGAGCUCUUCGGCCCUUGGAUUGAGAACGCUGCCGCCACCGGCACGUGUGUGCGCAUCGACGACAUGGAGCCGAUGGUGUUCAGGUCUUUGCUCCACUUCAUCUACACCGACACACUCCCUGAGCUGAAGGAGGGUGACGACGGCGGGGACAAGGUCGCCGUCGCUCAGGGUCUGCUCGGGGCGGCGGAUCGGUACGGCGUGGAGAGGCUCAAGUUGAUCUGCGAGGAUAUCCUUUGCGUCCACGUCGACACGCGCACGGCUGUGACAAUGCUGGAGCUGGCUGACAAGCAUGGCUGCCAUAGGCUCAUGGAGGCGUGCAUCAAGGUCCUCAACGACAUGCUCGCCAAGCGGCAGCUCCAACGGGUCGGCAGAGUGGUUGGCGGGGGCGGAUGGCUGCGGGGUCCGACAUCAAAUUAAACACAUGAAUUAGUGGGAGUACCUAAGCAAAGCCCGUUGAUUCAAAUCAUUCUCAAUAAAGAGAAGAUGUGCCCAUACUGUAUUGAACAUGUCAAGAGUUUACUCUUAAAUGUUGAAGCAAGAUCUGUCAUGGCACAUUUUUGUAGUGAAGGAGUGUAUCUUGAUGCCCCCUCUUUUGAUUUUCAGUGUAACAAUUUUAGUUCUCAGACCUGAAACCCAAUCAGCAGGUUCUGUUACAAAUUCUUGUAUUACUGCCUGGGUUGUAUCUUUAUUGAUUUGGUAGAGAACAGAACCAUGGAUACCUGACUGAUCCUUGCAAGUCAGGUGAUUUUUGAACAAGGCUUUACACAAGACACUGAACAGAAUUAUGAACU